ACUUGCGUCCGUUUGUGUAAUUCAACAUUACAAAUAGCUGCACGGCAAUGCACACACAGUUCCAGUUCGAUUCUUGGUGAAGUUCCGCGCUUCGAGCAUCGGAAAGAUGCAACAUCGGCAACCCUUCCGGAAGGAAAGCUUCCGGGAUCGGCCUUUGCACCGAGCAGCGGCUGAAGGUGAUACCAAAGCAGUGGCAGAGCGUUUGGCUCAAGAUAUCAAUCCUUAUGAACCGGCAGAAAAGGGCAUUACACCGUUGUUUGUUGCGGUACGGAACAGGAAAGAAGCCGUCGUUCGUUUGCUGCUCGAUCGUUACGAGGAGGAUCUGCAUAGCGUUCGUGAAACCAUCAAACAUCGGUUUCUGUGGAAGGUAGAAGCAACCGGAUGGAGGAGCAGACCCAUCUUGAUUGCUUGGACGAGGGAAGAAUGCGAGAGAGCCGUCGAAUUGGCGACAAACUGUCCGGCGGGCAUACCUCUGAACGCGCAAGUCUUCGUUUGGCUCCAUCACAUACACGAGGGACAUCGCUUCGUAGCGUUGGAUGUGGCCAACCGCAGCAAACUGGUCGCGGUGUUUCGAUUCAUCGGGCAGCUUCUUCCGAACGGAGUACUUUCCCUGGAUCGAAGUGACUACCGGGAGAAUUACGACAACUGUCUUCAGGUGGCCUGCUGCUACUCUACUGUGGAAAUAGUGGAUCUGUUGAUCGCCAGAGGAGCCUCCUUGACCCUGGGGACUGGUCCAAACGAUAGAACCCCGUUCAUGGCGGCUUGUGAGAUGGGACGAGAGCUGAUGAUUGAGCAUCUGCUCGCGAAACACAUCGAUCGUUUCGAUCCAACCUCACGAAGGCAGGAUGGGAAAAACAUAGUGCAUUUGUUGGUGCAAAUGCAAGAGCAUAAGCUUCUAAAACAAUUAAUGGAUCGUUUAGUACAGUAUCGUGUGAAGAAGUUCCGGGAAACUGACUCCCAAGCAUUCAACCAAAUCUUUUUCUAUCGCGCUCCAGAAGACUGGUCUGGCGAACACAUUUGGCACCAUGUACGAUCACAACCAAUCAAGCAACUGUGCGCCAAGUACGCCGAACAGUAUAAACUGGAUGUAACCGUUGAGUUGCCAGGCACUAUACUGCUAGGGUACCUGGUUUGCGAAGGUUUACUGUUCAAUUACUGUUUCGAGGCGAUCAGAAAUGAUUUUUCAUUGCUACGAUUGUGUGGUGGUUAUGAUGAGUUACCCAUACUACAUAGCUUGAUCGUAAGGAAACGAUUAAAAUUCGCCGAGAAGCUGUAUCGCGACCAUGGCGAGAUUGUAAAAGGUAUAUUUGAAGCGGAACCAAAUCAAGCAUAUUCAACAAUGCGCUAUGUAAUGCAGCUAGCAGAUGAGUCCGGAUUGCAGUUUAUACUGAAACACCACCGAGAGUACUUCUUGCGUGAUGUGGACAAAUUGCUGGAAUCGACCGUUGGAAUGAAUUUCUUCAAGGAACUACGCCACAAAAGUCCCCGUUUCGUCGAUUUUCUAAUGGAAGUCAUUCCUGAGUUUCAGAAUGCGAUUAACGAAGCGAAAAGCGCCAAGAAGGAAACCUACGAACUUGAUAAUGAUUUUAACGACCUGUUCGAGAAGUUGAGGAAUAGUUUCGCAAAAACCGUGGAGCAGCUGGAAGCAGACGGAAAGGUAUUAGAAGAGUAUCGAGAUGGUAGUGACCAGCGAUCGUUCCUGCAUGCUGCAGCCAACUAUGGUGAUCUAACGCUGAUGGAGCGCUUGCUAGAACGUAAUUUUGAUGUCUUGGUGCGUGAUCGAAAUAGCUUGUUACCGAUACACCUGACCUACCAGGAGAGUGCCUUCGAAAUGCUCCUAGCCAAAAACGAAUCCGCUCAGCUACAAUACUUGACAGAGGAGCGAUACAACCUGUUGCAUAUUUGCUGCAAACGGGGCUUUCGGAGUCCCGGCGUUCUGGAAAGGCUGUGUGCUAAUGGAAUCGAUGUAAACGGAGCAGCACCUGAUGGACAGUUACCCCUAUCAUUAGCGUCUUGCUCUGGAACCGUCCGGUUUCUGCUAAAGCGCGGUGCUCGAGUGGAACUACUGAACGAUCAGCUCGUGGAAGCUAACCUAUCGAAUAUGUGCUACUGCGGGGCGUGGGAGCUUCUACCGCACAUUGCACAUCUAGAUUGGUUUACUAAAAUAGCUCACCGCUAUCUACCUUGGAUGGUAGGCUCGCAGAAUAGGGAUUCCUUUUCUUGUAGCAACGAGCGAAAUCUGACCGACCAUGAAGGCAUUCGUCGGAUUCUGUUCGAUAGUCUCUACAAACACUCCCGUCAGCAGGCAUCGGAACUGUUUACUACGGUCGCUCAUCGUGCAAUCGUUUGCUGUACGCGCUGGUUCCUGGAUUACGAUUACGAUCUGAACUACGAUCAUGCCGAUUAUAUGGGUUACACGCCACUCCUCGGUUUGGUGAGCUAUAUGGAGGUACCGAACAGUGAUAUCAUUGAACGAUUGUUACGGAAAUCGAUUAACGUGAAUGCGGUGACUGAUCGGAAGCAGACGGCGCUGAUACUUUUCGCUGACCGUUUUCGAUCGGCUCACUGGUAUGGCCAUACGGUGGAUACGGCCCGAUUGUUAGUGAAUCGGGGUGUCAAUAUUGAUGCACAGGAUGAGGAAGGUAAUACGGCACUGCAUCUAGCGUUCCGGGGUGAACACUGGGAGCUGGUGGUUUUCUUGAUUGAGUCCAAUGCGAAUCUAGCCCUGAAGAAUGUUGCUGGCAAGGUAGCAUGUGAAAUGGCUUCCGCUUUUAGCCAAAUUUUGUACGGAUUUCUGAGAAGGCUUUAAAAUCAUUUAAUGAUGUACAGCACGUUCCGUUUUGGGAACAGUUAAUUAUUCGAAUUUCUUAUUGAAAAUGCUUUGCGUUGCAGUAUUUUUAACCAGUAUUUUUAUGUGAAAAGGCUAGUCAGUUUGAGUACAGUUUCAUUUCAUUUACUACCAAAGUCUGAGAUUAUUCUCAAGGAUUACUUGAUCGUGUUGAUCGAUGUUGUCUAGUGCUCUAGAUGCCCGUCAGCAGUUUACCAAACCAGAACCUUCGUAUUCCACGGAGCAGAUAUCGAGCAAAAGCAAAGACAUAGGCAACAGAAAUAAAUAUCUAUAUAACAGUAGUGAUUACUGCAUCUUACCAUAC